AGCAGGGAAGGGGUUGUCUCUUCUUCCCCUCCAGUAUGGACACGAGUUUCGUUCUUCCACAUGCAUGGGAGUAAACUGGACUUUACAGAUGAAGUUACGCAUUUCCACGUAGGUCCGAGCCACAGCUCAGCCCAGCGCAGCAACUGUCCUCCAAGGAGGAAUGCCAGCUCCUGAGCAGAGCCCAGUGACGGAGGAGGGGCUUCUGCUGACCAUCCGUGACAGUUCAGCUGGCCGCAAAAUGGAGACCAACAACACGGCCAAUAACAUCCUGGCCUCCGUCAAAGAACAGGAGCUUCAAUUUGAGCGGCUAACCAGGGAGCUGGAAGUGGAGAGGCAGAUUGUGGCCAAUCAGCUGGAAAGAUGCAGACUUGGGGCCGAGUCACCAGGCGCUGGUAGCAGCAGCUCAUCUGAGAAAUCCCUGCCAUGGCGAACUGCAGAUACCUCUGCGUCGGGGGAUACCAAGUCUCGAGUGACUGACAGCUCUCAGUCGCCCAGCUACAGAAUCAGGGCCGAGUCAGAGCAGGUGUCUCUGUACUCUCCGGAGCAGUCCUCCCUUCAUGAAAGUGAGGGGUCUGCAGGGAAUUCAUGUGGCUCAGCUCAGAUGAACUCCUACUCUGACAGCGGCUAUCAGGAUGCCAGCAGUGGCUACCUCAGCAGGCAGAACCAGGGCAAGGCUGAACUCAAGAUGCAGCACUCCUUCCCUGGAGCUGGCACCGGCACAUUAAUGAGGAACGCCAGGGCUGAGGGGCAAGCUUCAGCCCAAGUUCCCGCAGAGACAGCAGCUCUGCCUGGCCGUGCAAUGCGGAGGGUUAGCUCAGUGCCUUCUCGCUCUCACUCGCCAGCCUAUGCCAGCAGUAUCUCCCCUUCCCGUGGCUCCCUGCGUACCUCAGUUGGCAGUGCCUACGGCUCCCCUGUCGUAACAGAACCUAAGCCUCUCUCCAACAUCCACUUUACAACCUUGCCCUCUGUGCAGCGCACUGGUAGCAUUGGCGGCGGCUCGCCAUACUCCCCCCAGAAAACCUCCCCCGCAGGACUGAGGCGCAUCAGCUCCACAAACUCACGGCCUGGCUCCACUAGCCGCACCACCUCGCCCUAUCAGACCUCGGCAGGGUCAGCGUCGGGUCGCAUGGGCUCCCCCCUGACGCUGGUGGACCCUCCGCUGAUUAAGCAACCGACUCACUCUUCUUCUCCAGUCAGGGCUAGCAUGACCGCCGUGCCCCAGCACUACAGCUCCACUCUGCCUCGCUCCAUGCUCCACAACACUGACCCCUAUGGACCUCAGAGCUACGACAUUUAUGAGAGGAUGACUAGACCCGACAGCCUCACAGAUGCCCUAAUUGAUGGUGAUAUUAAAGGAAUACGGAGUUCCUAUGCCAGUCAGCACAGCCACCAUGGACAGGACAUGAGGUCAACCAUCUCCCCAGACCGCCACAUCGCCCCCAUAUAUGAGGACAGGACUUUCCGGGGCCCGUUGUACCGCAGCCCCAGCCACACCCAGCAGGGGACCCUUUACAGGAGCGGCUCAGGUGUGGGAAGCCUGCAAAGGACAUCCAGCCAGCGCAGUGCCAUGACUUACCAAAGAAACAACUAUGCUCUUAACACCACAGCUAACUAUGCCGAUCCAUACCGCUCUGCACAGUACCGGCCCUCUGAUCCGAACUACGCCCGGCAGACUAUCGUUAUGGACGACGGCGCCCCCCGCUCGCCCUCCAUAGACAGCAUUCAGAAAGAUCCCAGAGAGUUUGCUUGGCGUGACCCGGAGCUGACGGAGGUAAUCCACAUGCUGCAGCACCAUUUCCCCUCAGUGCAGGCCAAUGCAGCCGCCUACCUGCAGCACCUGUGCUUCGGUGAUAAUAGAGUCAAGAGUGAGGUGUGUCGACUGGGAGGAAUUAAACACCUGGUGGACCUGCUCGACCAUAAAACCGUCGAGGUCCAAAGAAACUCGUGUGGGGCUUUGAGGAACCUUGUUUAUGGGAAAGCUAUGGAUGAAAACAAGAUCGCUGUCAGGAACGCAGGAGGGAUUCCCGCUCUGCUCCGCCUGCUGAGGAAGACGGUCGAUGCCGAAGUGCGGGAGCUCGUCACAGGGGUUUUGUGGAACCUUUCUUCAUGUGAUGCUGUGAAGAUGACAAUCAUCCGGGACGCCUUAUCCACCUUGACCAACACUGUGAUCAUCCCUCACUCUGGAUGGAGCAGCUCUACAUUCGACGAUGACCACAAGCUGAAGUUCCACUCCUCCCUAGUGCUGAAGAACACUACAGGCUGCCUUAGGAACCUGAGUUCAGCCGGUGAGGAGGCCAGAAAGCAGAUGCGUACUUGUGACGGCCUGGUUGACUCACUGCUCUACGUCAUCAAAGCCUGUGUAAACACGUCUGACUUUGACAGCAAGAUUGUGGAGAACUGUAUUUGCACUCUAAGGAACCUGUCUUAUCGUCUGGAGCUGGAGAUGAUGCCAUCGUCAUUUCCAGUAAACCAGGAAAUCGAUGGCUUACUGGGCCGAGAGUCACCAAGUAAAGAGGUGGACUCCAGCUGCUGGGGCAGGAAGAGAAAGAAGAAGAGAAACAGCUUGCAGGAGGACUCGUGGGACGGUGUGGGGCCCAUCCCUGGCUUCUCCAAGUCUCCUAAAGGGGCCGAGAUGCUGUGGCACCCCUCUGUGGUCAAGCCUUACUUGACACUGCUAUCUGAGAGCUCCAAUCCUGCCACUCUUGAAGGUUCAGCAGGAUCUCUUCAGAACCUGUCAGCUGGCAACUGGAAGUUUGCAGCGUACAUUCGUGCAGCAGUUCGUAAAGAGAAAGGGCUUCCCAUCCUGGUGGAACUGCUGCGGAUGGACAACGACAGGGUGGUGUGUUCGGUUGCCACGGCUCUGAGAAACAUGGCGCUGGACAUCAGAAACAAGGAGCUUAUAGGGAAAUACGCAAUGAGGGACCUGGUAAACCGCCUCCCUGGGGGGAACACCACCCUGCUGUCGGAUGAGACCGUGGCCGCCAUCUGUUGCACGCUGCACGAGGUCACCAGCAAAAACAUGGAAAACGCCAAGGCAUUGGCCGACACAGGCGGUAUCAAGAAGCUCGUCGACAUCACCAAGGGCAGAGGAGACAGAUAUUCAGUGAAGGUGGUGAAGGCAGCAGCCCAGGUCCUGAACACGCUGUGGCUGUACAAGGAUCUACGGCCCAUCUACAAAAAGGAUGGCUGGAACCAAAACCAUUUCAUCACCCCAGUGUCAACACUGGAACGGGACAAGUUCAAGUCCCAGCCCACCCUCGCCACCAGCACCGUCCAGAUGUCUCCAGUCAACCACCCUGCUGCCAGUGCCACGUCAUCUCCAGCGAUGCUGGGCAUCAAAGAGCACAGAGGCUCAGUCAGAGAUUAUCAGAGAACUCAUUCAACUAUGCAGUUUUAUAAUUACCAAGGAGAUGGCAGUAUUCACAGAAAACAGUAUACAGGGUCUGGAAAACCGUCUCCAUAUUACUACUCAUCACCCACAAGAGAGGAGCCCAGAAGAUCACAGGUUGUGUAUUACACAGAAGAGCCGAGUCGAAGGAAUUACGACACAUACAGGAUGUACCUGCAGCAUCCUCACGGCUAUGACGAUGCGUAUUUAGAAGAAGUCAUCACCUACCCUCCUACAGCAGACUACAGCUCCCAGCCUCAUGGACUGAAAUCCACCUCUAACUAUGUGGACUACUAUGCUAGCACACGGAGGCCUUCCUACAGGGCAGAACAGUACCCAGGUUCUCCUGACUCCUGGGUAUAAGUCCGGAGAUGGAUCUGCUGUUCAAUCCGAGAACAUUUUUCCAGACCGAUUUCUUCUUUCACCCUGCAGCAGAGACAAGGAGCAACACAGGAAACUUCUUUCAUGAACUUGGCUUUAUGAGUGUGUUUGUUUUAAAGUGGAUGUGCUUGUAUGGAGAGGUGAGUUCAGCAGAGCGGCAGCAGAUGGAAAGACGGGAUGUGUGCCAAAGAGGGAAAUCAUGGAAUGUUUUUAAAGAUUAUUUUUCAUUUCAAGAGUAAGAUGGAAUCAUGGCAGGGGGAGGGGGACGUCGAGGGAGAAUCCAGGACACUAUCAUGAGAAGACGUGCGUCAUGUCGUGUGUAGAUAUUGGCUUUAAUUUCUUCAAGGAACUCAUAAGUGUGAGAGCAUGGUUAAAAGGUGUGAGUCAUGUUAGCGAGGGUCCGCGGUACGAGUCGAGAUGUGGGGGGAAAAUGUAUGUGCUGAAGCCAAAACGGAUCAUGAACUCAUUUGUAAAGAAAUAAAAUUAAAAAAAGACUAAUUAACUAAUGAUGUUAGAUUGUACAGAGGGAUCAAAGUUCAUCUGUACUUAAUGUCGAAACUGUGUAAUGCAAUGGAGUCUUGUACAUUUCUUUGAUUUUAUUGUAAAUACAGACAAAAAUCAGCAUUACUUUGGUUUACACAUUAGCACUGGUUAAAAGACUAAACUUGUGCCAUGUUCUAAAGAUAUAUAAAUAUACAGAUAUGUGGAAAAAGAUGGCAUCGUAACAACUAUGUUAACAAAAUAAAAGGUCAUUUUUGUUUUUUAAA